CACAAAAACCAACUUGAUAGCAGGAUGUUACGUUCCCUGCCUGCGAGUAUAAAAUUCAUUUCCGCCUUUUUUUUUUCAGGAGAUUGAAAACAGGGUGAGAAAAAAAAAAAAAAAAAAAGUCCGGAGUGAGUGGAGAAAGUAGGCGCAGUAAAGAAGAGAUAUUUCUAUCCAGUUCCGAAGGGGGGAUUCGCGAGUGCGGAGCGCUAUGGACAGUCGGGGCAGGCGGGUGGUCGUGUGUGACAACGGCGCAGGGUUUGUGAAGUGUGGUUUUGCCGGCUCCAAUUUCCCAGAACACAUCUUCCCGGCUCUGGUUGGUCGACCUAUCAUCCGCUCCACGGCCAAAGUGGGCAACAUCGAGAUCAAGGAUCUGAUGGUGGGGGACGAGGCCAGCGAGCUGCGCUCCAUGCUGGAGGUGAACUAUCCCAUGGAGAACGGGAUCGUGCGGAGCUGGGAUGAUAUGAAGCACCUGUGGGACUACACCUUCUCGGCAGAGAAGCUGAACAUCGAGCCUCGAAACUGCAAGGUCCUGCUGACCGAACCGCCCAUGAACCCCAUCAAGAACCGCGAGAAGAUCAUCGAGGUGAUGUUUGAGACGUAUCAGUUUGACGGAGUCUACAUUGCGAUCCAGGCAGUGCUCACUCUCUAUGCACAAGGUUUGCUGACGGGUGUGGUAGUGGACUCGGGGGAUGGGGUGACCCACAUCUGUCCGGUCUACGAAGGCUUCGCUCUGCCCCACCUGACCAGGAGACUGGACAUCGCUGGCCGGGACAUCACCCGCUACCUCAUCAAGGUGUCUGUCUGUCUCCGCCUCCCAUUGUCUUUUUGUCCAACUUAUUUAAGUCAAUGGUUUUUAAGUCAAUGGUGUUUUCUGUCUUUGCUCUGUCUGAAAUGGUUUUUGUUAUAA